AUGAUGGCCCUUGUUAUGGAACCUAUUAGCAAGUGGACGCCGAAACAAGUAGUGGAUUGGAUGAAAGGGCUUGAUGACUGCCUGCAGCAAUACAUUAAAAACUUUGAGAGAGAAAAGAUCAAUGGUGAGCAGCUGCUGCACAUCACUCACCAGGAGCUGGAAGAAUUGGGAGUCACUCGAAUUGGCCACCAAGAGCUGAUUCUAGAAGCGGUUGAUCUUCUCUGUGCGUUGAACUAUGGCUUGGAGACUGAAAAUCUGAGAACUCUUUCCCACAAGCUGAACGCUUCUGCCAAAAAUCUUCAGAACUUCAUCACAGGUAGAAGAAGGAGUGGUCAUUAUGAUGGACGGGCCUCCCGGAGGCUGCCGAAUGACUUCCUUACCUCUGUUGUUGACUUGAUUGGUGCUGCCAAAAACUUGCUUGCCUGGUUAGACAGAUCCCCAUUUGUCAGCGUGACAGAAUACUCGCUGCUGAAAAAUAAUAUUGUUCAGCUCUGCCUAGAACUCACAACUAUUGUUCAACAGGAUUGCACAGUGUAUGAAACAGAAAAUAAAAUUCUUCAUGUGUGUAAAACGCUGUCUGGUAUCUGUGAUCAUAUCAUCUCUCUCUCAUCAGAUUCUCUGGUGUCUCAGUCAGCUCAUCUUGAAGUUGUUCAUCUUACCAGCAUCAUGCCCAGUGAAGGUUUGGGAAUGUAUAUUAAGUCAACCUAUGAUGGACUACAUGUUAUCACUGGAACAACAGAAAAUUCUCCAGCAGACCAAUGUAAGAAAAUCCAUGCAGGAGAUGAGGUGAUCCAGGUCAACCAUCAAACAGUGGUUGGCUGGCAAUUAAAGAAUCUGGUAAAUGCGUUGCGUGAAGACCCCAAUGGAGUGAUCUUAACGUUGAAGAAGCGACCUCAGAAUACGCUUGUUUCUGCUCCUGCGCUGCUAAAGAACGUCAGGUGGAAACCCCUUGCUCUCCAGCCUGUGAUUCCAACCAGCCCAACCAGCAGCUUCACCACUCCAACCAGCACAAUGGGUAUGAAUUCCAAAAUGGACAACUCGACUCUGCAAGAUGUUUUCAUCCUCUCCCCUAUGUCAGGACUCUAUGGCCCCAGAGAUGACAUUGGAAUUGUGUCCUGUGAUGAAAUCAGCAAAUACGGGAUUGGGAAAUCUGGGAUGAAAGGUUCUGAGUCUCCAAGCUACUUCUUGGAACAAGAAAGUGGAAAGUAUUACACGUUAAUCGAAGGCGAGGAUUAUCCCAUGAGUUCUGAUUAUGAAAGAGGCAGAGUGACAGGUGUGCGGAGAAGAGAUAAGACCCCCACGCAUGGUGAUCUGAGACCAGUUUCUAUGCCAACAGAGUAUAGCUGGAUAGGAGACUCAAAAGAGCAAAAUAUGUAUAAGAGAGGUAGUCGUGAUUCUGAGAACUCACUCCUGCGAUACCUGAGUGAUGACAAGAUCUUAGUGAUCCAAGAAGAGCCAUUGACUCAGAAAGAUAACAAGCGGGAUACAGGCCGGCGGUCAAGGAAGAAGGGCAAGAACAGUGGAAGUCCUAAUUAUCCUGUUAGCUCCUCUGUGUUGACCUCAUCUACUAAUGUACGGCUUGAACCUGGACAGCAGGAUGUCCUAAAUUUCUCCUUAGCUGAAAGCAACACCGUCCCCCUCUAUCACAGAACAGGCGAUUCAGUUGGCGGAGAUUCUGAAAGGUAUGUGAGCUCUGCUGUUGAGCGCCAAGGAGGUACAGCUAUGAGAAAGUCUUUUCACUAUGCUUCCUUGAGAGUAAAGAGCAAAAAGUGGCCCAAAGGAGGUUCUCUGAACAACAGCAGCCGACGGCGGAUCUCAUGUAAAGACUUGGGGCAUGGUGAUUGUGAGGGCUGGUUAUGGAAGAAGAAGGAUGCCAAAGGUUACUUCACCCAAAAGUGGAAAAAAUACUGGUUUGUCCUGAAGGAUUCUUCCCUCUACUGGUAUACUAACCAAAAUGAUGAAAAAGCAGAAGGAUUCAUCAGUUUACCAGAGUUCAGAAUAGACCGAGCAGUCGAAUGCAGAAGGAAACAUGCUUUCAAAGCUUGCCACCCCAAAAUCAAGAGCUUCUACUUUGCAACUGAUUGCCUGGAAGAAAUGAAUCGAUGGAUGAACCGGCUGGGUCUGGCUGCCAUUGGUUAUACACCUGAUGACAAGGAUAUCCGGCCAGAUGAAGCAGAUUAUUGGAGUGAAAGUGACCAGGAAGACGUUGACAGCUCCUUAAAGCAAGAGGGACCCAUUGUGCUUUGUGACACCUACCACCGGACCCCCUCGAUGAAUUCUUCAAGUCCAUUCCCUGAGCCCAAGCAUGGCCGUCACUUCUCCAGUGAAUCGACCUAUUCCCAUUCUUCUGCAGAAGAGUCCCGACAGGAUCCAGCAGGGAAUACACACUCUGCAGGAGGCAGUAGACCUCCCUACAGAGAACGACGUUCAUGGCAGGAUCUCAUAGAGACUCCUCUGACCAGUUCAGGCCUCCAUUUUCUCCAGACUGUUCCUACUGAUUCAGACUAUGUGAAUGAGAGAUUUGGGAUGUCCCCAGAGAGGCGGCGACAAGCAACAUUACCCGUCCAAAGACGCCACAACCAUGAUCAGGAUGGUCCUUUCCCACUGGUCGAGUGCUACAAAGGUCAGAGUUCUCACCCCAGGCCCCAGAAGCAAAGAAGUCAAAGCCUUCCACGAAAUCGGGACGUCCGAGUGAAAGGGCGCGUAAAAACUAGUGAGAUCACUGAAGAGCGGUCAGAAGAGGAACUGGCUAUAAAAAAGCAAAGUAACUUGUGUGAAAAUGAAAACAUAGAACGAAGGAAGAGCACAGAUGGUCUUCGUGAGCUCUACAAGUCUCUGGAGCAAGCCAGUUUGUCAGCAUUUGGAGAGCAACGUCCUUCUACCAAGCAGGAAUUCCGAAGGUCCUUCGUAAAGAGAUGCAAUAACCCUGUUAUCAAUGAAAAGUUGCAUCGCAUCAGAGUACUCAAAAGUACUUUAAAAGCAAAGGAAGGAGAUCUGGCCAUGAUCAACAACUUGCUUCACGAACCUAACUUGACGUCCAAGAAAUUCAAAGAAUGGAAAAUAAAGAACUAUGAGUUUUUUCUGGACAUUUGUGAGUACAGUGGUGCUCUGAAAGCCCAGAAUGGAGCUUCUGAACUUGCAAUUACAGCCUCCUUGCUGACACACACACAUUCCUUCAUUGAAACCCACGUCUGACAGAACUGGGGGUUGUUGGAGGAGGGCUGGGGAACAGCCAGGGGCGCUCCAUUGUGACAAAACACUGCACGCUGUGUAAAUAAUGUAUCCAGCUAUAUUGUAAAUAGAUUGGAUAAGAAAUUAGUACCACCGGAUGCCUACUGCAUUGCAUGAUGAGACAGAUUUAUUUAUUUUACCCCCCUUUUGGAAUAAUUUUGGGUUAUUUCAAUUCUGCUUUAGUAAGAAGCAGUGAAGAAGGGUUAACAGGCAUAAAACAAAACAACACAAGACUGCAGUAUAUUUAUAACACCAGAAUACUUACCAGGACUAAAGGCCAGGAGUGUCAUUGACAGGAUUUUCUCUUUCUUUUAUAUACGUAGAUAUACUCUGUGUACUCGUAUCUAUGUAUAUAAAAUGUAACAUGAAAGCUGAGGUUUAUUUUUUAAAUAUUCUGAGACAUCCAUCCUCAUAAAUUUCCCCCUCUCUUUUUUUUAAGAGUGGAAAUUUUAACUAUGAAAAAGAAAAAAAGAAAAAAUCAAUCACUCCUAGGGAAAGUGUAUUUAACCUUUCAGCAUGUCCAAUAAGCGACUGGUUUUGUGAACAUAAAGAAUGCUUGGCAAAGUCUAGAAAUGGAAAAAUUAACCCCCCUUUUGGCGUGCCUUAAAACAUACAGCAUUUAUCCAGGAAAACACCUUACUUUUCGUUUUGCCUCUCCUGGCACAAACGGUACAUGCUGAUCAAAUGCUGUGCUAUUUUUACAAUACUGUGCCUGCUUUUCAGAGGAUUGACCCAAGACACAUGAGGGGGUGCGCGCGCACACACACCCGCACAUUAAUGUGACAGAGAAGAAAUUAAAGUACAAAACCGUUUGGUAGCAGGAUUGCAAAAUGCAGCUCUGCUCACCUCUUGGCCAUCACAAACAGGGGCCGAAAACACAAUCCACCUUUCUGGAAACCGGUAGCUGUUCCAGAUGUCAGCAAUUUUCCACUGUGAAUUUAAGGCCACAGACCUACAAGCUGCAAAAUUCAGAGCCUGUCUUUUGCAGCCUCAAGACAGAAUGACAAAAAAGGCCAGACUGAACACCACGGCUUUCUAUAUUUACACUGUGCUAUGAAUAAAGAUCCUCAGAUUUAUGGUUUGAGAACUGUUGCAAUAAAAGAAACCUAAAUCCUG